GCAGGGCGCUGGACGCAAUUCGCGUCCCCUCUUGUUGAUUCUCCUUUCUUCUUCUCCCUCAAAUCCCCCGCGAGAAAAAGGACCAGAAACGUUUAAAACCCCACCGUCAGAUUCCGGCCAUCGGGAAACUGACGAUCUGCCCAAAAUCUUCCAACACCGUCCGGUUCAAUGUCCCGGAACUCGCUCCCGCCCGUACAUCUCACCGGCAGUGGCCGCCCCGUCUUCCUCCCGGACGAAGUCGAAUGCUCUCUCAUCUCGUCCGUCGAUCUCGUAUCCGAAGAAGAAGAUCAAAACCAUAACUUCCUCCCUUCGUACAAAUCCGGCCUCCUCAUCCUCACCACCCAUCGCCUCCUCUGGAUCUCCGAAUCCAACGGCUCGGAUCCCUCCACGACGGCAUCCAUCCCCCUCGCCUCCGUAAUUCACGCCUUCCCCCCGAAGAAAUCCAUCAAGAGCAUCUUCUCGAGCCCCAGGAUCAGGAUCCAGCUCGACGGACGGAUCUUGGGGGUCGGGUCGGGGUCGGUAUCGACGGCUGUGAUGGCUACGUUGGUCUUGAGGGGGAAGAAGACGGAUCCGGAUGCGUUCUUUGGUCGGAUUUGGGAGGUGAUGAGAUCAAGGGCAUGGGAGACUCCGGCGCCAUCGGAUUCGACAGAGAAGGGCGGGGGAGAGGGAUCAAACAGUGGGGAUGGAUCGAGCAGUAGAGGUGGCGUGAGGAUGGCUGGAGUGUCGGGUAUAUUGAGGAAGGAGCAGGAGUUGUGGGAGAGUACGGACAGGAGCUUGCAUGAUGCUUUCCAGGACUUGAAUGCGCUCAUGAGUAAAGCUAAAGAGAUGGUGAUGCUGGCAGAGAAAAUGAGGCUAAAGCUUCUUUCGGGCUCGACUGGUCAGGCUGGUGCUGCAAAUGAUGAAGAGAUGGGUUCCAAGCAAGAAAUGCAGGAUUGGCUUCUGAGCGUUGGUAUUGCAUCUCCAGUUACGAAAGAGUCUGCUGGUGCUCUAUAUCAUCAGCAACUAUCCCGCCAGUUGGCAGAUUUUGUCAAAUUGCCACUGGAGAAAAAUGGAGGAAUGAUUGCAUUGAUUGACAUCUACUGUCUUUUCAAUCGCGCAAGAGGAACAGAAUUGAUUUCACCAGAGGAUUUACUACGAGCUUGUGCUAUUUGGGAGAAAUUUGAUGUGCCGGUGAUGCUUAGAAAGUUUGAUAGUGGUGUCAUGGUCAUCCAGAAUAAGGCCCACAGUGACGAGGAGGUUUUUGCGAGAAUUAAAGCCCUUGCACUGAAGCCUGACGCACUUCGAGCAGGCAUUAGUCCAAGUGAUGCUGCAAUGACAUUAGGGAUUGCACCAGCACUAGCCAAGGAACAUCUUCUAACUGCUGAAAGCCAAGGUCUUUUAUGUAGAGACAUCAGCCCUGAGGGCUUCUGCUUUUACAUUAAUCUGUUCAAAGAAAUAGAUCCAAACAACAUCUACGCGGUGAAAGAUUAUGGACUCUUCAGUUCCUGGGUUUCAGCACUCUCGGCUACUGGGUAGGGGAUGUUUUCCUUGUUUAACACAUUUUUCUGUCAUGAAUGGAAUCAAUGCCUGAUCACAAGUCAUGACAAGGUCAACAAUGAAUGCACAUCAUGUUGUGACGGAAGCAGAGUAGAAGCAUCUGCUUUAGAGGCUGGGGGUGUGGAUGUAUUGAGUAUUCCAGCAGUCAUGGUAACAUUACCGAUUUCCCUGUUUAUAAAUGGGAACUAAGAUGCCAAACUUUACACGAGGCAUGUGUAUGAGCCAGGGGAAGGCAUAUGAUCGAUGGCGGUAUUUUGGUCAUUGUAACAUUCUUGGUCAUUGUAACAUAACGUGCAUAUGGUCCAUUUAAACGAUUUAUAACAGUGAUGGGGUAAGUAAGGAA